AUGAACGAGUACGACUCUGCGCGUAUGCAUGACGUGCUGCGCGAGCAGGGUGAUUACGAGUUGGUUACUGAUGAGAACGAGGCGGACGUUAUCCUGCUCAACACCUGUUCGAUACGGGAAAAAGCACAGGAAAAAGUCUUCCAUCAGCUGGGCCGCUGGCAAUCGCUGAAAAAAGCCAACCCGGACCUUGUCAUUGGUGUUGGCGGCUGUGUGGCGAGCCAGGAAGGGGAUGCCAUACGUGCUCGAGCGCCUUAUGUAGAUAUGGUGUUUGGUCCGCAGACCAUCCACCGCCUGCCACAGAUGGUGGAUGCUGCGAAAGUACAGAAGCUGCCGGUGGUAGACGUCACGUUCCCGGAAGUGGAAAAGUUUGAUCUUCUGCCUGAGCCGAAGAUGGAUGGCCCCGCAGCAUUUUUGUCCAUCAUGGAAGGCUGCAGUAAAUAUUGCUCGUUCUGCGUUGUACCUUAUACACGCGGCGAAGAAGUCAGUCGAUCAGUUGAUUCGGUCAUGCAGGAAGUUGUUGCUCUGGCCAGGCAGGGUGUUCGCGAAAUACACCUGUUAGGGCAGAAUGUGAACUCCUAUCGGGGGGCAAUUGACGAUGACUUUGCCGAUCUGGCUGAGUUAAUACACUACGUCGCGGCAGUAGAGGGUGUCGAUCGGAUACGCUUUACAACGUCGCACCCACUGGAUUUUUCCGACACGCUGAUUCAGGCCUAUGCUGAAGUGCCGGAGUUGGUUGAUCAUCUGCAUCUACCGGUACAAUCUGGCUCUGAUCGUAUUCUCCAGGCGAUGAAACGCGGUCAUACGCGUGCCGAUUACGUAGAAAAAAUUGCUCGACUGCGCGAAGUCAGACCCAAUAUCAGUUUAUCUUCUGACUUUAUCAUCGGUUUUCCUGGCGAAACCCAGGCCGACUUUGAUGACACCAUGGCGUUAAUAGAAGAGAUUGGCUUUGAUGUUUCUUUCAGCUUUAUUUACAGCGCCAGACCGGGAACGCCUGCUGCGGCACUGCCUGACGAAACGCCUGAGGCGUUGAAAAAGGCCUGGCUGCAGCAGUUGCAGAGCCGUAUCCGUGAGCAGGCUGAGGAGAUUUCACAGCAGAUGGUCGGCACACGGCAGAAGUUGUUGGUUACUGGGGUAUCGAAAAAAGAUGCCAGCCAGCUGGCUGGUCGAACGGAAAACAACAGAGUUGUAAAUUUCACGGGUGACCAGAAUCUGGUCGGCGAGUUUGUGGAAGUUGUGGUGACUGAAGCGCUGCCGAAUUCUCUUCGUGGCGAACAGGCCCUGGAAGCGCAGCCGGCAGUGGAAGCUGGUGAGAAGUUAGGGUUUUUACCUGGGGACCUGGCGCAGAAAAUCGACCCCUACCUGCGCCCGCUAUAUGACGCAUUGUAUGAAAUGAUGGGUAUUGAGCGGGUAACCAAGUUUAUUGAGCGGAACAUUAUUGAGGUCGCACCGCUUGCUUAUAUGCGCGGGCGAACGCUCAAUAACGCUUUUAUCAUUCUCGAUGAAAGUCAGAACACCACAGUGGCGCAGAUGAAAAUGUUUCUGACGCGCAUCGGCUUUGGCUCUACCGCGGUGAUUACCGGUGAUAUUACUCAGAUAGACUUGCCUCGGGGCGAGCGCUCCGGGUUGGUAAAUGAAAUGGAGGCGAUCGAGAUUCAGGUACUGCAGAGGGGUGUGCGCGAAUGGCUGACCGACCUUUUUUCGGAUGAGCCUGAAGACCUGUCUGAGUUAAUGGAAAUUCUGCGCGAAGCAGCAAAUCGACAAAUGUUCGACGACGAAGCGUUGAACAUUAUAUUUGGAGCAUUGCAUGUGGGCGAUAUGCAUGCCCGCGAUAUCAUGAUUCCGAGAUCCUCUCUGGUUGUUGUGCGUGAAGAUCAGGAGCCUGCUGAGCUGCUGCCAAUCAUUAUCGAAUCCGAACACUCCCGUUACCCGGUGGUGGGUGAUGAUGUCGAUGAUAUUAAAGGCAUUCUGCACGCUAAAGAUCUGUUGCCACUGGUGCUGGAAACCGACCACAGUAAAUUUUCCAUGAAAGACUGCAUUCGCAAAGCUACGGUGAUCCCCGAGAGCAAGCGACUGAAUGUGCUCCUGCAGGAAUUUCGCGCAACGCGGAAUCAUAUGGCGCUGGUGGUGGACGAAUACGGUCAGAUCUCCGGGGCUGUUACCAUCGAAGAUGUGCUUGAGCAGAUUGUUGGUGACAUCGAAGACGAACACGAUGUACAUGACGACAGCGGUAUCAAACAGAUGGAACCGCAGAGCUUCCACGUGAAAGCCAACCUCCCCAUCGACGAUUUUAACGAGCACUUCGACACGCAAUUCAGUGAUGAAGAGUUCGACACCAUUGGUGGCAUCGUGCUGCAGGCGUUUGGUCACCUGCCGGAACGGGGUGAGACGGUUGAAGUUGAGACACUCAAGUUUGAAGUGCUGAAUGCAGACUCGCGUCGCUUGCGCCUGUUGCGGGUGAACACCCUCAAAUGA